CCGCCCUCUUUAAAGCAUACCGGUAGUUAACAGAUAAUUAAGACUCUUCUGUGAUAAGAAAUAUUCACCCCAGUGUUUAUUAAAAAAGUCUUCGUCCCAAUAAAGUGUACUUUACCUCGGGAGCUAUGUCAGUCACCCAAGAUCUGAUCCGUGACAAACUCAUAGCGGAGAUUGGUGCGAUACACGUGGAUGUAGAAGACACGUCACCUAACAGAUGUGCUGCUAGUUUUAAAGUUCUUGUUGUAUCACCUCAGUUUGAAGGAAAACCUUUGUUGCAGAGGCACAGGAUGGUGAAUAAUUGCCUUGCUGAGGAGUUGAAAGAGAUCCAUGCGUUUGAGCAGAAAACGUUGACACCAGAGCAGUGGGAGAAACAGAAAGCACAGUGAUACACAUACUUAAGUGACUUAAUCCCCUAUUAGUAGGUUAAUACACUAGUCAACAUUUGAAGUGGAUCAAUCAAAAGUUGUCUUAAGACAAGAAGGGGUAUUGUGUAAAAUUUUAAGACAACUUUUAUGAAAGGUUUUUAUACACUUCAAAUGUUGACUAGUGUAUUUCCAAAUUCUACCAAUGUAAGGAAAAUUAAAUGUUUUGUAUUUAUGAAUUUUAUUGUCACUUGAUGAAAAAAUCUCAUGCAAAUUAUAGGUAAUGUAACUGUUGUAAUACAUUGUGUACUCCAUAAUGUACCUUUGAAAUCAUGACAAUAAAGAAACUUUCUGGGCACAGUGAAAA